AGAAUAAGGCUGUAACGUAAUAAGAUUUGUGAAAAGUCAAGGGGUCUACACUAUCUGAAUGCACUGUAUUAUUGUAUCAAAACUUCUAGUUAGCUAACGUCUACUUGCUGUUUUAUUACAAUUCACUAUAAGCUAUUGGCAAUUUCACUACGCGAACGUUGAACCAUCUUAACGUUACUUGUUCUAGCUCAGCUUCGUUAGCAUGCCCUUAGCUGGCUAGUAGCUGCUAGCUCCCAAAAGCUUGCGAAAUGGUGCUUACCUGGGCUUAAUUAACUGAUUUGGGUAGGGCUAAUCCAAAUUAGCGUGCUAGUUAGUUCAGUUGCUUUUACUAUAAAAAGGCUGAACGAACCGACCACCACCCACAGGCUUCUUGUUGGGUCGUGCAGUUCUUGCGCAACAACAUGACGUCACAACGUUCCCGUUAUAAUGCAUUGUGGGUACCCCAGUCCUCAAACCAUUUUGGGUUUCUCCCCAGUACAAAGUUAUUUUUGUUUAGGUGUUUUUGUACACACAUCUCAUGUAAUUCAUUGAAGCAUUUACAAUGAGUGUCUGAUGUAGCUCAACUCUGCAGGGGGCAGACAGCCAGGUAGCUAGACAGAUCAAAGCAAGUUCACUUAUGUAAUAUAUUUAUAACUCAUUGCCUUGCACUCAUUCUUUAUCAGCUUUCUUGGUCCCUUGACCCCUCCAUCCCCUUCUGUGUUUACAGAAUGCAGAUAUGAAACACUGGAUAGGUGGAGAAGCAGUAGGGCUUAACCUUCCCUUUGCCUAGAAUGCUCAAUGGACCUUCGCCAUAAUGCUUAGAUCCAACCUACUUGGAUGAGAUCUGACAAUGGCCAGUCACACCUAUCAUAAACACUGGGAUGAAGUUCCCCUAGGCAUAGAUCUAGGAUCAGCGUCCCCUCCCCGAUCAUAUCCAAAAUCAUUAGUUGGAAUAAUGUCAAAGUGACCCAAGUACAAACUGUACUGAGACAUGAGAUCACUGCAGUUGCAGACUUCUCACAGUCUUACGCAACAUCGAUUUAACUGCUGUGUUGAAACUUCUGAUUUAAAAAAAAAUUGUUAUCGGAACAUCCUUAUGGCUUUAGUAUUUUUCCACUGAGUAUCACGUGUCUCUUGUACACGUACUGCUUAACUGAGAUGUGUGUGUAUAUGAGUCAGGGGUCUGAGCCUCAUAAAGUGUGUCAUAUUGGAACAGGUAUCGUUUCAGAAUGAGGGGUACUGUUGUUCUGCUGGUGUUGUUGUUCUGUCUGUCUGGGGCAUGGACUCAGGAGGAGAGUGGAGGGGUCAGAGAGAGUGACAUCACUCAACCGGGACACAGUGCAGGGAGUGAGAGCAGGGGGAGAGAGGUUCAGAUGGAGAGCCAAAUGACUGACGCUUCAGAGAAAACCAACAAACAGACGACCACCUCGCCUGACAUCUGGACUGAGAUGAAGGAGCUGAGAAACAUGGUGCACAACCUGGGAACCACUGUGGUGGAGCAGAGCGAGAAGCUGAGGAACAUGGAGGUCAGAGCGACAGCCAGUGAGGCUGAGGCAAAGGAGCAGAGAAACACAGUGACCGAUCUUAGGGUGGAGCUGAUGCUCACCAAGAAUAAAGUGGAGGAAGUGGAGAAAGAGAAUGCAGACCUGACCGCUGGAUUGAGUGGCAGUAAGAGCCGGGUGGAGGAGCUGCAGACAAAGAAUGCAGCCCUGGAGACCAAACUGAGUGCUAGUGAGAGCCAGGUGGAGGAGCUGAAGAGGGCAACUGCAGACAGGCCAAAGGUGGCCUUCUCUGCUGGUUUGACUGAUUCAGGAACUGUUGGACCCUUUGUUGCUGAAACCACACUGGUAUACACCAAAAUCUUCUCAAACAUUGGCAAGGCCUACAACCCAGCUACAGGUGUCUUCACAGCACCAGUGAGAGGACUCUACUACAUUAGCUUCACUGCCAUGAGUGUCCAGACCUCGUUUUACUUUUAUGCAUACAUGUAUAAGAAUGGACAGAAAAUCAUGUAUAGUCAGGGAUAUAAUGCUGGCGGUUAUGAGACACUGUCUAAUGGAGUCUGUCUAGAGCUGGAGGAGGGAGACGUGGUGUACAUGCGCAUCCCUGCAAGCAACCGGCUCUAUGAUAACUCAAAUAAUCACAACAUCUUCAGUGGCUUCCUGCUCUUCACAGUGUGAGAAUAUCAUGGAUGCUGUAAUGGUCUCUAGUAAAGUGUCUGUAUGUCAGGGCCUCUUUGAGCCAAAAUGACUCCCGUAUUAAUAAAUGCAUCAUUAAAAGCA